UUUCUGAAUGGUGUGAGCCUCUGUGGGUUCAUAUGGAAAUUCAGCAACAUUAUUAACAGAUGUGGAUGGCUUAAGUGACGUUAAGCAGAAGGAACUCCACAUCCUAAUCUCUGUCCAUCUCUGUAUGUGUGUCACGCUGUGUGUGUCUGUUUGUGUGCAUGUGUGUUUGUUUCCAGCUCUCACCAGGUUGGGUGCGUUGUACUGAGGGCUUCCUGCUGCAUCCAUCUGCCUCCAACUAACAAGCGGAGAACUGUCACUGCAGGUUAUAACAGUCUGGUGGACAUCCUUCCCUCUCAGGACUUUUCACACACCUGAAGAGCAGCAGAGCAGCAGCAGUUUGAAAGCUUCCAUCUGACUCAUGACUGUUUGAGGGGACGCGGCCUCACCGUGGCCCAUGCACUGUACCCGUUUCCCUCCCUGUCUUCCUUAUCCCUCAAGCUGACGCAAAAUCCCAGACACCUCCCUCCCCUCCCCCAUCCCCAUCCCCAUUCCCACCCCAUUCCCAGUGAUUCGCCCCCUCCGGCAAUGGCGUCCGGCACAGAGACGGUGCACUACAUCCACCUCCACAACUCCAGCCAGUCUGUGCUGGAAGCCCUGCGCACUCAGCGACGUGAAGGCCUCUUCUGUGAUGUGACCGUACGGAUUCACGAUGCCUCACUGCGUGCCCAUGCCUGUGUGCUGGCAGCAGGAAGCCCCUUCUUUCAAGACAAGCUGCUGCUGGGUCACUCUGAGAUCUCCGUGCCCCCACUGGUGCCCGCUGAGACCGUGAAGCAGCUGGUGGAUUUCAUGUACAGUGGCUCGCUGGUCGUCCUGCAGUCACAAGCCCUGUGCAUCCUCACCGCCGCCAGCAUCCUGCAAAUCAAGACGGUCAUUGACGAGUGCACCCAGAUCAUCUCUCAGAGGAAGGCGGCAGCUGGGGCGGCGAGUGCAGCAGCAGCAGCUGCAGCAGCAGGAGGAGCGAUGCUUGGAGGUGUUCUGCCAAAACAAGAGGAGCGCGGCGGGGGAAAGGGCAGGGAGAGCAGCGGCAGUGGGAGCUGCUCUGGUGGUGCAAGCGGGGGCUACCCAAACUUCUCUAACUUCAUGGCUGACUGCGGCACAAACAACAUGGGUGGAGGCAUGGGCGGAGCCAGUGUUAGCGUAAGUGACAGUGGCCCUGGUUCGAUGGAACAGCCCAACACCGUGAGUCUGAUGACGCUGGGAGACAUGGGCCCCAGCUCCAUGUGUGGGGGUGACGGGAUGGGCUCAGGGGCCGGCGCAAUCCUCAUGAAGCAGAGCCCCAGCUGCACUCAGGAUGUCAGGUACAAGCUCCGAGACCUGUUGGCACAGACCGCCAACGGAGCCAGCACCAGUAGCACAGGGAACCUCUCGGCAGGCUGCAGCUCCGGCGUGGGCAGCGUGGACAGUAUCGGCAGGGACAGCCUCCGCGGCAACACAGCUGACCUCUCUGAUGACCUGGUGGGGAUGGACCGAUACAGCGAGGAGGAAGAUUUGGACGGCAGAGAGCGGGGAAGAGACGGAGACCGAGACAGGGGGGCGGGACACAGCCGCAAGCAGAGGCAGCCGUUAAGACUCCAGGUGCUGGGAGGAGGGGAAGGAGUGGUGGUAAAAGAUGAAGGGGUUCAGGACACAGAUGGUACUGUCUACACCUUGGAGGACGGGAGGCGAGAUGGAGAGCAGCAGGACACCCAGGAAACCAUGGCCGGCUUUGGACAGGAUUUCUAUGAUGAGCAGGGCGUGUUUUCAGAGAGUUUUUGGCCUCAGAGUGAGCCUACUCAGGCCAUGGCGUUCAACCCCAGAGGACGGGUCAACAAACCUCUGACUCCACCCCCAACCACACAGUCCAUCAACAACCAGCUCCUUUUCCAGUACCCAGUGAGCCAGUCGCAGCCAGCUCCGUACUUUGUGGGAGGGCCCAUGAGUGGGAUUGACAACAUGGCAGGGACGGAGCCCGGUCAGCCGGCUCCGCCCCCGGCGCAGAUGACCCCGGCCCCACCUCCCUCCACCUCUUCCUGCUCAGCAGGCCCCUCCCCUUCCUCCCAGGGAUCUGAGACCUCGUUUGACUGCACGCACUGUGGCAAAUCUUUACGUUCCAGGAAGAACUACAGCAAGCACAUGUUCAUCCACUCGGUUUCUGAAAAGGUCAGAAAACCUCACCAGUGCUCCAUCUGCUGGCGCUCCUUUUCCCUGCGUGACUACCUCCAACACAUGGUGGUGCACACCGUCGUCAGGGCCUUUCAGUGCUCCAUGUGGGGCAAGCGCUUCACCCAGAAAAGUUCGCUCACGUGCACAUGCGCACUCACCGUGGCCGAGCGCACCUUUCAGUGCAACGUGUGCCACCGGGCCUUCACCCAUCGCACAUUGCUGGAGCGCCACGCCCUGCAGCAUGCUCACCACGCCCCCCAGGGCCAGGGCCAAGGCCAGGGGCGUGGCGCCGACAUGACCUCACCUACCAAGCACAGUCCUCCGGCUCUGGGAGGGCCCUCAGGUAUGGCCGGCGCAGCUGGCAUGGUCGGCAGCAUGACCAACAUGCCCAGCCACGGACCUUCCUCCACCUAGAGAGAGAAAGGAAGGGUAGGGGAGGUGGUUCAGGGGAGAGGAGGGGGAGGUAAGCGAGCCCAUUCCUUUAAUCGAGACAGAUUAGUCCUAACAGCCUCGUUGUUCUGGUGGGAACGGUGUUCAAAGGUUCCUGCUGGUUUAACUCCAUGACACCUUUCAUCAGGGUUCCUACACACAUCUGGACAGCCUUUAAAGUCGGGAAAACUAUGUACAUUUAUGAAAUGUUUGAGAAUUGCACAAAAAAAAGCUUAAAAAGUGUAGGAAAAAAUAUUUUUCCCUGGAAACUCAUCAUAAAUUUGUAAAUUGUAGUUAAACUGUAGCGCCACUGUCAUUUCCUGUGUUGUGACUUUUAUAGCUGUGAGGACUAAUCAUAAGUAUAAAGCAAAGUCGCUAACAAUCAUCCACCUUGAACAGCCAUCCUAAAGAAAAAAAAAAAAA